AUGGGGCCCCUGUGUCCUUGCCCAAACUCAAAAAAGCCUAUGAAAAAGGUACCAGGGGCAUCUCAUGGGGCCCCCUACUCACCCUGGGCCCUCGGGCAGGGGAUCAUGGGGCCCCUCUGUCCUUGCCCAAACUCAAAAAAGCCUAUGAAAAAGGUACCAGGGGCAUCUCAUGGGGCCCUGUACUGACCCCGGGCCCUCAGGCAGUGCCCGAGUUUCCAAAUGGUCAGUCCGCUCCUGCUCACCCCUACCUGGAACUCUGCUCAGUUAAAGCAAACUAAUAAGGACUAUGUGUAAGUAC